AAAUUCUCCAAAAAAUGUUAUCGCAAUGCAAAAUUUCUAAAAAUGACACCAAAACUGCGUAACUUCAUAUUGGAUGUACACAAUAGAUAUCGCAACAAUUUGGCUGGUGGUAAGGUAAAAGGUUUCGGUACAGCCAAACGUAUGGCCUCUAUGAAAUGGAAUAAAGAAUUUGAAUUUUUGUCCGGGCUGAAUUUGCUACAAUGUGAAAUGAAACAUGAUAAAUGUCGUCCCACACCCGAUCAUCGUUAUGUUGGACAAAAUUUGGCAUUUUUACAUUGGUCAAAUUUUAAUUUAACCACCGAAAUGGUGGUGGAAUUUCUCAUUGAUUAUUGGUUUCAAGAAAAACGAUAUAUGACAAUGAAUGAUAUUGUCAAGUUUCCGAUACGACCAAAGAAUGCUCCAAUGAUUGGCCACUUUACAAUGUUUGCCCAGGAACGUGCCGACGAAGUGGGAUGCUCUGUAAUGCGACAAACCUCACCGAAUGGUACCAAUGAGCUAUAUUUGGCCUGUGAUUACUCAUUUACGAAUUUUUAUCAAGUGCCGAUUUAUAGACCAGGAAAGCCGGCAAGUGCUUGUACAACUGGACCACAUCGUAAAUAUAAAAAUUUGUGCUCCGAAAAGGAAGUCUAUAACACGAAUACACACAAAUAUUAG